AUGGAAUCCUGUACAUCGUCCGCGUUCGAUCUGCCACCUGCACGAGCCACAGACUCAGACAGGCCAAGAAACAACCGAGUCGAAGUUCUUGCGAGCGAGCGUGAUGAAUUACAACGAAUCGUACAAAUUUUCAUACGUCUGCGCAGCAGAAGACUAGAGCAAGAGGGUGUGCAUAUGCCUUUACUCGUCGUGGUGACGGACGCGAGCGGCAGAGAGACGUGCCCGGUGGAAUUGUUGGAACUGCUCGGCGGGAGCAGAUUGGCGCCCGGCUCGUGCGGAACAAGAGGAUCGGCAACUCCGCAAUUCGCAAUAGCUCUGCACGUUCGAGGCUGUCGACGAGCUGACGAGCCCAGUUCGUACGAGAUCGAAUACAGCGACGUGAAGAAAGAACUCUCCGACCUCUUCAAGUUUCCUGCAGAAAUCCAGUCGGCGAUCGAGCACCUCCAUCACAAGAUCGAGACCGACCUGCACGAGGAUCCAAUCUUCCUGCGCCUGUGCUCGGAUCGCCACGCGGAACUCGCCGGCGUGUUCUUUCGAUGGGAGAAGUGCUCGGAUGACGUGGAAACCUUCCAGAUCGAGUACCAGUUGCCAGAUCAGCCGAUCGUCAAGCAGGUCAGCUGGGACGCGCUCGAGCAUGAGAUCCCCGCGGCUCGAACGUCUAUGCGGAAUUCGAAUGUCGUGUCUGACAUACUGAUCCGCGCCCGCUCCCCCAACGUCCACCCCAUCCCCACCGUGUUCAAGCUCGACGGCUGCCCGACGGCAGCCGUCGAGCUCAUAGCUCACAAUGGGCGCACGAGGCGCAUUCGAAGCCGUGAGAAUGUCAGCAGCGAGAUCGAGAGCGCUCGGGACGAGCUCAUGGCGCUCAGACGCAAGCGUGCCGAUCGCUCGCCCAUCGUGCUCCACGUUCGGCGACCGGAUGCCAUCGACUUCAUUCGUGUGGAUCUUCCGACGGACAUGGCGGACGAUUCGGCCGGCACCUUCGUUCGGUCUGUCGCCGCUUUGAUAGCGCGACUCCUCAAACCGGAACGAGAGAGCCUCGUUCUCACCGUUCUGUCUGCCGACGAGGAGCAUUCGACGGCCUUUGACAGUGGGUUGUCACACGUGCUCGAUAAGAUCGCCAUUUUGCAGACCAUCGAUGACAUGCGGUGGUCUUUGGUUCGACAGAUGCAACAGCGCCAGUUGGCCAGACGAUUGCAACUCCGGGAUUUUCCUGCCAGAAGAGGCACCAAUCUAAGAUCGGGCUUGGAACUUUUAAAAAUAAGAAAUAAUGUGUUUAGGGACUUGGAACAAUUCAUGAUGAGUGGUGGAAUAGGGAUGAUCUCUGAUAACGAGGUAUUACAUUUUGCUACAAGGGUGAGUAGCAUAUUCCGAAAGUACACUAAACAACUUCUACCUGAAGAGGACGUGUUUCCACCCACGGAUGAUUUUCCCGACGCGAACGCGGUUGAGAUGAAGGAAAAUCGUGUCGAUCCAAUGAUACUGCUAAAGCUAUACAAAGAGUUGGAUAAAGUACAAGAUUGGGUCAUCACAUUGGUUAACGAGUUGCACGAUUAUACGAAGCUUUUCGUAUUUUACGUACUUGAGAAAUACAUCUCUACAGUUCCCCAUCUGUUGAAAAAAUAUCGAAAGGCAGCGGUUGAGGCACUGCGAGAAGCUUGCGCUGUGAGUCGAGACUUUAUCAGCUGCACUGUGGGUGACGAGAAAGCGUUUGUUGUGGGCCUGGACGUGGGAGGUCUCCCAGUUCUUUCGACUAUUUACUUGAGGAGAAGAUAUAAGCUUGUCCAAAAUAAAAUCACCCUCAAGUUGACGACGUUAUUCAGUGAAGCUGUUGACACGCAUAUGAAAACCAAAAUUAUUGACAAAACACGGCUUGUUAACAAAUCCAUACUGAGGGAGUUGACCAUCUCCUAUAAUCGGAAGAGGGAAGAUCUUAAGGCGAGGAUUCUCAUGUUGAAAGACAGUAUCGGGGACUUAUCGUACUAA